CGAGGUCCCAGGCUCGUGCUGCUCGCUGGCCCAGCGGUGCCCAGAGCGGUAGACUACAUCUCGGCCGAGGCGUGACGAGACGCGUGAGCAUUUCGAUCGAGUUCUUUUGAAGUGAAAACGAAGCCGCUUCGUUGCCGGCGAAACCCUGAGAGAAAACCCCCCACCCCCUGCCUCUCCUCGCCCUGCAGCCGGUGGGGUUGCCUGCCUCCGUGACAGAGGGAAGCGCCCGGGCCCAGCCGCACCAGCACGCGCCAGCCGAGGAGAGCCAGUGCAGCGACACCGACGGACUGCCCUUCGCUCAUCGCAGACUAGACGGCCAUCGCGACCAUGGCGGGGGUGGUGAAUGGCGUGCAGCAGGUCGUAAGUAGCUGCCCUGCCACCGACAGCGGCAAGUGUGACGCUUUCGACCUGGUCCCUGACCUCGGCGAUGUUGUGGAUAACUUUUCGUUUUCCGCUAACACCAAUAACGACCUGCUUGCCCCGAACCCCACGACCUGUGCAGACACCGAUCUGAGCCUGCAGGACCUGAUCGAUUCGGAGCUGGCGCUCAGGAUAAAGGCGGACAAGACCGAGGUACUUGUCGACCUGAACAACGACGAGGAGGUAGAGGAGGCCGAGUCGGAAGAGAGUCAGCUUAACAGUGUCGAGAGGCGGCCUAUCGUCAACGGCGCCGUCCACGGCGUUGCAAACGGCGUCGUCAACGGCAACCUCGUGACGGACUUCCUGGACAGCGAGCGCAGCCACGCAGACCUUACAGAGGAGCACGCGGAGCAGGACAACAGCCUGUCGCUCUCGCUGUCGCUGUCUAGCAACGCGGCCCCGCUGUGUAGCGGCGAGGGUGACGACUUGGACAUGACGAGUGAGCUGGGCAGCGACGGCCCCGCCGACAGCGACUUCUCCCCCAACGUCCCGGACCAGGCCGCGGACGCCCAGCGAGGCUUCCAGGAGGAGGCCGACUUGGAGCCGGACCUGCUGGCGGACGAGGCGACGCUGGCGGAGGACAUCUCUCUCGCGUCGGAGCGGAGCCAGGAACGAACCGGCUCCCUGCUGGACCUUGACCCCCUGCGGCCAGACAGCCCCCCGGGCUCGGGUCCGGGCCCCGGAUCGACGAGCCCUACCGGUCUGCGCACCAGCCCGGGUGCCAGCCCGGGUACCAGCCGCGGCACCAGCCCUACCGGCUUCGGCCUCCUGGACGCGGAACCCGCGGAGCGAGAGCUGCAGUUGGCGGCGGAGGGGGAGGAGGGCCGACGCUCGUCCCCCCUCGGGCCCCUCCUCGGGCCGUGCUCGGAGGAAAGCGGUGCCGUCUUGUCAGCUGCCGCCGCCGCCGAGCAGCAGCAGCACCUUGCGGCGUCGGCGUCCAUCUCGGUUCCCUUCCCCGCAACCGUCGUCGACGACGCUCUAGAAUCGGCGUCCCCGUCUCUGGAUGCAGACGAUGUGGAUGAUGCUGUGAACGAUCAAUCUCUGCAACAAUCGACGUCCCCCGUCCUGCCCACCACCCCGUGUGUAGACGCUAACCAGCCUGCUCCCCGUGUGGUGAAUAACAGCAUGGAUGUGUUCCCGAGUGCAGUGCCCCCCGCCGGCGACCCCUCUGGUUUCGAGGAUGGCUUUGAGACCUGGAGCACUGUGGAGGAGGUCGUUGCCCAGGUUGGGGAGAACACCGAGGCAGAGGCCCUGGCGGAGGCUCCCCUUAACUCUGAGGAGGCCGAGGUAGAAUCAGGGGCCCAAAUCAGCUAUAACUCUGAUUCAGAGACUGUGUCUGAGACGUCUGAGAAGAAGACAGUUUCCAAGAAAAAGAAGGUAGAUGGAGCUGAGACAACUAAAAAGAGAACCAAAAAGAGCAAAAAGUCGGAUGGAAAAGAAAAUAUAUCAGUUCUAACUAAUGGGCAUGGAAUAAAUGGUCAUGUUGAAAAGAGAGCAGAGAAUGUUAAUGGUAUUAACAAUAUCCCUCACAGUAAUGGCUAUGCUGACCAUGCGGUUGUAGAGGAUGAUCUUUCCAAUGUUUGUGUGAAAGAUUUGAAAUCUGCUUAUGCGACCCUCACUAAAACAGAGGUAUCAAAAGAAGUUGUCAAAGAUCUGAAGGAUAUUGACCAUGACAUCAUGUAUUGCGGACCUAUCAAAAACCUUAAACAAACGUACUGUAGUGAGGCUAUUAAAGAGUGUAAUGGGAACCAGUCACCUGACAAGAAGGAGUGUAUAGCAACCGGCAUCUCCAUAAGGGAUCUGAGGCGGAGUUUUGGAGAUUUGAGAAAUUGUGAAAAUUCUGAGAAUGGAGCUCAAUUUCCACCAGAUGAAGAAAUCUGCAAUGAUGGGAAAGCGCGUUCUCUUGGUGAUUUGCGACGUCUUUCAAGAGACCUCUAUCGACCAGAAACUAACAGCAGUACAACAUGCUCUCGGAAACCCAUCCACACAGGUGUCUCUGUUAAGGCAUUGCGAGCGAGCUAUUGCAGCCUCAUUAACCUCAACGAAUCAACAGUGUCUGACUCUAGGCGUGUUAUGUCCAACUCCGAUGUUUCAAUAUCAUCUUCUGUGAAAUCCAGCUUUAGCAAAUUUGAUCAGCUAAGCAAGAAGACAGUUCUGCAUGUUCGAUCGGUUGAUGCCUCUAAGGUUCAAAAGCAGUUUAAUGAGUCUGCCAGUACAUCUCCUGAAGCCCAAUCCAACUGCAAGGCUUGUGGCAAACAAGUCUUUGUCAUGGAACAGAUAAAAGCAGAAAAAGCUGUGUGGCACAAAAACUGUUUCCGCUGCAAAGAGUGCAGCAAGCAGUUAACAGUGGACACAUACAGUAGCAACGACGGAGACAUCUUUUGCAAACCUCAUUUCCGUGAACUUUUCAAACCCAAGGCAGUUGUCGAAGAUAGCCCGGAACCAAUUCGUCGCAGAAAACAUGAACUUAUCAUCCGUGAAAAUCAGCCUCUGGAACUUCCACCAGAUGUUGUCAGAGCCUCAGACAAACCAGACCUAGGCCUGGAGGAGCUGUCAAGUCUCAAUGUUAAGUCACGUUUCCAAGUUUUUGAAAAAACUGAAGAGAAUAAGUCACUUGACAUUGAGAAAUCUCCAAGCAAUGUGAAUGUGAAACGCUCUCCAAGCAUAUUGAGCAAGCUUGCCAAAUUUCAAGCUAAGGGUAUGGAUAUCGGUGUAACUGAUGAGUCCCUUAAUGGCAUUCCUUAUGAAGAAAGCUCCACAUCAAGUGAAGAGGAGGAGGAUGAUGGUGAGGGUGAUGAAGAAAAUGGGGACAUUGUGAAGUCGAGGCGCACUGCGAGGGAAAGACCUAUGAGUUUCAGCAAAAUGGAAGAUGUAAAGAGUCGUUGGGAGACUGGUUCUGCUACAAAGAAAGAAGAACGUCGAGAAGAACGCAAGCAAGAAAUAUCAACUAUAAGAUCUCGCCUAUUUCUGGGUAAACAAGGAAAGAUGAAAGAAAUGUAUGAGCAGGCUGUUAAGGAAAGUGAACAACCUGCGGCGCGUCGAGGAGCGGAAGUUCGUUCCGAAAAGGCCAAGUCUAUAAAAGAGAAGUUUGAGCGAGGGGAAACUUUGGUAUCAGAUGAAGAGGGAGACGAAAAUGAUAAGAAAAUGAAGGAUGACGGUGCCUUUGAUGGUGUCUUUGAAGCUGGUAUCUCUAAAAAGUCAAGGUCCUUAUUUUUGGAACUGGAUGCUUCUGCUGCCAAAACAGCCCAACAGACUCCUCCACGUCAAGUAUCUCAAGCAGGAAAAGAUGGCACUAAAAAGCGGGAGGUCUUGACUAAUCAAGUUUCUAGUGAAGUUGUUAAAGCAUCCGAUAAAGUUGAAGAUGCUCAAGCUGAGACCGCUGAUGUAUCUUCUAAAUUUAAAUUUUUUGAAACGUAUAAGGCACCAGAGAAGCAGAGGAAAGCUUUCCGAAUCACACCACCAAGAGAGGGCCAAGUGAAGAUGGACUCUCCAGAACGAGAAGUUUACAGGGAUCCUGAUGUUGUUCGUGCGGAGGACCCUCCAGAAGGUGAUGAGCUUCAACAUAGUAUGACCACAUCAAAGAUGCUUUCAAUCUUCAGGCAAAUGGAAGAGAAAGCGCAACGUGAAGAUGUCCCAGAUGGUCCUAAACCUUUGAAGUGCUUCACACCACCACCAGAUUACAAGCCUGAGUCUGGCAGUUCAGAAGAUGACCGAUCUGAUGAAGAUGAGGAGGAAGAUGAUGAAGAGGAAGAGGAAGAAGAUGAUGAUGGUGUUAUCCGCUCAUCUGUUAAGGCAGAGGAUGAAUUCCUUAAAGCAGCUAAAGAAGCUGCAAAAGCAAAGACAUUACGUGCUAAAUUUGAACACUGGGAAGAACAGGAAAACAACAUAAAUGCAGGAGGUGGAAAUAUUAAUCCAACUCUCUUGGAAUCAGAACAUGAGAGUAUUGAGUCCACCAAAUCCUUACGAGCUCGAUUUGAGUCUCUUCGUAAAGAAUCUGAAGCACCCAAGGAAAAGCCUAGACCGAAAGUGAACCGAUUUGUGGAAAUUCAAACAUCUUGUGCCGAAUACUGUGACUCAUGCGAGAAAAAAGUAUACCCCCUUGAAAAAGUAGAAACAGGAGGCAAGCUUUUCCACAAAGGAUGCUUUCGAUGUAUGCAGUGUAGUUGUAUCUUAAGAAUGGAGAGCUACACCUUGAAUAAUGGCAAGCUCUACUGCAUCCCCCAUUUCAAACAAUUAUUCAUAUCGAAAGGAAACUACGACGAAGGGUUUGGUUUGGAUCAACAUAAGCGCAAGUGGAACAGCACUCGAGAAAAUGGUGACAUUCUUCUCAGCGGUAUUGAUGCAAAUGGCAAUAAUCAUUAAUUGAGCUAUCCCAGUCACACAUUUGGUGAUCUCGGUAAUAGAGAAUAGUGCCAUUCUUUGGAUUGGGAUGUGACAUUAGUCCCUUUUCAUAUCACUGUGGAUGAUGUGAACAAAUUUUUGGGGUGUAAAUUUUUAUUUUCUUUCAUAUUUUUAUUUGGUGAAACCACUUAAACUUUGAAUUAAAUUGAAACUGAUUAAAAUUGCUACUCUAUUUCUAUUUUUGUUGUAGUGUAGGUCUGGGUGGUCAGAUUUCAUUUUAUUUUACCAUUGUUUGAUUUGUUGUAUUUUAUGUGCCUUUUAAUCUUCAAGGUCUUUUAUCAUUUUAUUUUAGAAUGUUAAAUGUUGAUUUAAUCUGAUAUAACUGCAACUCUGUUAGUUCUUCUCUUUUCCUUUUAAAAAAGUGCAAAAGCAGGGACUUUUUUUUGUUUGUUUUUAAAGCAUCAUGUGAGUUGCAGAUACUUUUGUUCUGGUGCAGGUUCUUUAACAGUUUUACCAUGAUACGAACCAGAUAUGGAAAUGUUUUAUAUUUUGUUCUCUUCUACUUCAAAUCAAAUACCUGUAUUAGACAAUAGUUGAACUUAAGGGUAAAUUUGUAUAUAUUGUAAAUAGCUCUGUCCAAAAUGUGUUUAGAUAUGCAAAAGAUAAAAAAAACUGUUGAAUAAUUCUUGUAGCUAGGAAGAGCAAAGUCGCUGUAUUGUAACCAAGGUCUCAAUUGCUAUUAUUUGCUGUGAUGUAUUAACCGAUUUAUGUACUUAGGAACAUGUAUGGUUAAAAUUUUAUUUUUCUAGCCAAUAAGAAUUAAGUUUUAAAGGAAUAUAAGUCAAAAACUUUUCUAUUUUAGUUGUGUGUUUGUACCUAAUUUUGAAAUCAAAACUAAAUGUUUCUGUGAUGAAAUUUUUAAGGCUUUGCCUUUUUGAAAAUAUCAGAUAUGUAUGCGAUCAUGUUGGAGGUAAAGUCAUUCAAAGGUAUAAUUUUGUGUACAAAUCAAGUCAAUUGAUGUCAGUGGUUCAAAUUAUAGAAACUAAAGUCAAGCUUUCUUUUUGCAAAGCUUGAAGUGGCGAAGUUUUUAUUUCAGGCACAUAUCAAUGUGCACUGUGUGCCAACUUUGUCAACGUAUUUGUUCACACACUAAGUGAAACACAAUGCAACAUUACUUUCGCCGCAAAGUUGUCCUGUAUACCUUUACAUUCCUGCUUUAUUCUUACGAAAAUAAGAGAAUUUUUAUGUAUUGAAGUAUAAUGAAUUUAAAUAAAAGCUAUUUAUUUCUGCAAUAUGUCUUUGUGAACUGUAUAAGAGACAAAUAAAUAUUGGAUGAUGUGA